AUGGAGCCGACCGUCCUCGCUUUCUUGGUUGCCGCCAUUGGCGCCGCCUGCUGGAUUGCAUGGCCGGCCGACAAAGGCCGAUUUGCGUUGAUGAGAGCGCGGAGAGGCAGCUUGAACCCCGUCUCCAGCGCAGUCGCCCAAGGUUAUCGCCAGAUCACCAAAGUCUCAGGGAAGCCCUUUUUUGUUCGAUACUGGCAAAGGGAUUACAUGGUUUUGCCUUCCAAAUAUCUCCCCGAUGUGCGUCGCGCUGGCAGAGACCAUCUGGCGUUCUUUGAAACCAUCAGCGAUGUUAUGUUUCUCUACAACUGGGUCGGUGACUUGUUCAAUUCCAGCCGGAUGACUUUUUCGAUAAUCAAAGGGGUGAAUCCUCAGCUUCCUAAACUCUCCCACGGAAUGUUCCAGGAGUCUCUGUUGGCCUUCGAAGAGGAGUUGAGGCUUGACCAUGGAGAAUCGACCAUGAUCAACGCGCUCGACGUAAUCACGGCUGUCAGCUUGCGGACCAUGACUCGCAUCAUCGCUGGCAAAGAUCUGUCGAGUAACAAGGCCUUUCUCGAAGCUACGGCUGCUUAUUUCAACGGAAAUUUCCUAACCGGUUUCAUCAUGUUGAGAAUGCCCCUUCGAGGAGCUAUCCGCGAUUUGUUGGCCUGGCCACUCUACAAAUACCACCAACAUUUCCGGCAGCAGCGGCUCAUCGAAAUGAUCAAGCCGGUCAUUGCGAAAAGAAUGGAAUACCACCAGUCUGGCAACAACGCCAACAACAGAGGAGACCUUGACACAAUUCAGUGCACGCUCAAUCUACUCGACAGUUUCCCCCUUGACGUUAAUGCUAAAGACAGUCCCCUUCACACCCUGGCACACGAGACACUGCAGCUUAUCUGGGCUGCAGGCCAAUCGCCUGCGAUCAGUACCACGGCGGUUCUAUUCAAGAUGCUGGAAGAGCCUUCCUACAUUGCGCCCUUGCGAGAAGAAGCUCGAGCGGCUGUGGAAAAAUACGGAUGGGAAGACCCAAUCCUGAAUGAGCUGCCCAAACUGGACAGCUUCAUUCGUGAGACACACCGUCUCUAUCCAGUUUUCACUCUCAAUGCCACGCGCCUCGUCAAGGGGAAGCCGUUCACCUUCUCAGAUGGAUUCACUGUUCCGCCAGGAACUCGUAUCGCCUUUCCGGCCGAGGAAUGCCAGAAGGAUUCAGACUUCAUCAGUAAUCCUCAAGAGUUUGACGGCUUUCGCUUCAUCAAACUGGCAGCAACCGAUGCUAGACAGGAAGAUGGAGUGAGCCGCUGGGCGGCGUCCCAUGCAAGCUUUAGCAAUCUGACAUUUGGCUAUGGGAAUCACGCAUGCCCUGGACGUUUCAUCGCCAUUCGCUUGUUGAAAGUCUUGUUGACCCGACUGCUACUUGAAUAUGAGUUCUCUUGGGAUGUCAUUGGCGAACCGCCGCCUAGAUUCGUGCUAGAAGGAAUUUCCUUUCCUAAUGUCGGUCAAAGGAUCACUGUCCGAAGACCAACAAAGUCUUCAUAG